AUGUCUAACCGUGAUCCACUUGUGAACAAUAUUGCGGACUUAGUUUCAGACUCCUCGUUUGACGAAGAAUCGCUUUCAUUUCUUGAGGAUUCAGAGGAUCAGGACCUUUCACUUAAGAAUGACACAUUCUCAUCAAAAAGCACACAUUCUGAUGGGACAGUCAUCAGCGAUCAUUUGCAUAGAAGGUCCAGUGAUGCAAACACAGCAGAAAAAGCCUUUCAGGCUCGCCCUAAGGAAUCAGAACCUUUUAUUAUAGCUUCGCAUGGAACACUUCCUAAUAAAGAGGUAAAAUCUCCUGCUAUCCAACCCAUUCGUUCACAUGAGCACGUAGUUACCCCUAUGCCCGCUCAAAACUCCACGCGUAUGCAAUCAAUGGAAACACAAGAUACCGAUUCUAUGUCAAAAACACACAACAAGACUCCCGGGUCGCUUUCGGUCUCCCGUUGGCGUCGAAUUGGCCGGAUAGGUUUGGGACCACCAAAACGCGCUGAGUACACGCUAUCCUCGGAUGUUAAGAUUCCCUCAGGAAUGAAACCUAUAAAUCAUAACAUUGAAGAUGACUACGAAAAUGAUGUUGAAAUGAAAUCCUCUGAGAAUUCAACUACUUCACCAUUUGCGCUUCCUUCUCAAACGCCUAAUUUCCUACCUGAUAUCCAAGCAGCCUCACUACCUAAUGCACAGGAUGUUCCUAUGCGUGCUGAGGUUAACCCUGCUAAUUUUGAAGAAUCUUUAUUUGUAAAGCCGCGCUUGAAGGAACUUGCAUCUGAUAAUAGCUCGACAAUGAAAGCGCCUUCUGUGCCUUUGCAGGAAAAUCAUUAUGUUCAUCAGCAACAGCAAUUACAUGGCCCUCCUCCAAAAAUGAAUUCCCUGGUUGAUCAGUCUCACAUCAAUGGCGUUCCUAAAUUUCUCCAGGAUGUAGCGACGGUUGCUAACUUGCCCUUUAUUAAGUUAGGCAUAGUGGGUAAAGGUGGCAGUAGCACAGUGUUUCGAAUAUAUUCACCCGAAAAUGGUCGGCUAUAUGCUCUUAAGGAAGUUAGCUUUUUACAAGCUGAUUUUUCGACUGUUCAGGGUUACAAAAACGAAAUUGCUCUCUUAAGAAAGUUAUCGGGGAAUGAUCGGAUAGUAAAAUUGUAUGCUGCCGAAGCAAACAAUUCUAUUGGGCAAUUAAAUAUGGUAAUGGAAUACGGGGAGACUGACCUGGCUAGGCUCCUUAAUAAAUAUGCAACGAAGCCAAUUAAUCUUAAUUUUAUACGGAUGUACUGGGAACAAAUGCUGCAGGCUGUCCAAAUCGUCCAUGAGCAAAAUAUUGUUCAUUCAGACCUGAAACCAGCUAAUUUUCUUUUGGUUGAAGGAAGUCUAAAACUUAUCGAUUUCGGAAUUGCAAAAGCGAUAGGGAAUGAUACUACCAACAUUCAUCGAGAUUCGCAUAUCGGAACUAUCAAUUAUAUGGCACCAGAAGCGUUGACUGACAUGAAUGCAAAUACAGAUCUAGGCGUGAAAUUAGUAAAGCUGGGAAGGCCGAGUGACGUUUGGAGCUUGGGCUGUAUUCUUUAUCAAAUGGUGUAUGGAAGAGCGCCCUUUGCUCAUUUAAAAAUGAUACAAGCAAUAGCAGCAAUUCCUGACGAGCGCCAUCAAAUACAAUUCCCUGAAAUUGCCGUCCCUCCAUCCGCAAACUAUGAAACUCCUCAUAAUGUGCAUCCACAUGGGGUGGUAGUUGGACCCGACCUAAUGGACGUUAUGAAACGAUGUUUGCAACGAGACCAGAAAAAAAGGUUAACAAUUCCGGAACUACUAAUGCAUCCGUUCUUAAACCCUGUCCCUUCUUUCCCUUCACACAAUCCGCAACGGAGUUCCUUUUCUUCGCCUGAUUCCAAUACUUAUUCAAAGCUUACGACGGCAAUGUCAGCCUCUCAGCUGUCCAUGAUUAUCGAAAGAUCUAUAGAACUUAGCAAACGAAAGUCUUUACCCAAGGAACUCAUCGAUAACAUGGCGUACGAUUGUAUAAGUAAUCUGCAAAAGAUGCCUCGCUAG